CCGCGGUAUCCCUCCGCGCGCGUUUCUUCUGCUGCUAAAUCCUACAGCUAUAGGUUAUAUUUUGGGGCUCGGAGUGAAAAGCGCGGGGGGGCCGGAUGAUUUGAGGAUAAUUGUAAGGUCGGGUUUUGUUCUGCAGCAGUGUAAAUCCCUGGGAUCUUAAGAUGUCUCUAGUGGACCUGGGGAAGAAGCUGCUGGAGGCAGCACGCUCCGGGCAGGACGAUGAAGUUCGGAUCCUCAUGGCCAAUGGUGCGCCAUUCACCACAGACUGGUUGGGAACAUCACCUCUGCACCUGUCGGCUCAGUACGGUCAUUACUCCACCACUGAGGUGCUCCUGCGUGCAGGCGUCAGCCGCGACGCUCGGACAAAAGUGGACCGAACCCCACUACACAUGGCGGCAUCAGAGGGCCACGCCCGCAUCGUGGAGGUGCUGCUACAACAUGGAGCAGAUGUUAACGCUAAAGACAUGCUGAAGAUGACCGCUCUGCACUGGGCGGCGGAGCACGGUCACCGGGACGUGGUGGAGCUGCUUCUACGCUUUGGUGUAGACGUCCACGCCCAGAGCAAGUUUUGCAAAUCUGCCCUGGACAUAGCACUAGACAACAACAACGAGGAACUUGCUGAGAUACUGCAGGUGGCCAUGCAGAAUCAGAUAAACACUAAUCCAGAGAGUCCAGACAUGCUGACCAUUCACACAGCUUCACCACAGUUCAUCAUUGGCCCUGGAGGAGUCGUUAACCUGGCUGGACUCAUCUCUCCUGGCAACACGGCCAAAUCUGCAGUAAUGGCCACAGAGGAAGUAGUUGCUGCAGACUCUGUCGACGGUGCCAUUCAGCAAGUCGUCAGCUCUGGAGGUCAGCAGGUCAUCACUAUAGUAACUGACGGCAUUCAGCUGGGCAACCUGCAAACCAGUGGGGGCAUCGGCCAGCCCAUCAUCGUCACCAUGCCUGACGGACAGCAAGUACUGACAGUUCCAGCUACAGAUAUCGCAGAAGAAACAGUGGUGAGCGAGGAACCAUCUCUUAAACGGUCGCGAGUGGAACUGGAGGAAGAUGAGGAGGAGGAGACCCACGUUGCACAAACACAGGAGAUAAAGGAGAAGGUGGCGCUGUUGAAGCAGUUGGAGGAAGCAAACAGAGAAGCGCAGAAAUAUCGCCAGCAGUUCCUGAAGAAAGAGCAGGAGGCCGAGGCGUACCGACAGAAACUGGAGGCCAUCACACGCCAAGGAGGGAAAAAAACAGCAUGACGGGCCCUGAGAACAUUUGCGUACACACACACACGCGUAUAGAGACUUAGCUGCUACAUGCAAAAGCCUUAUAGAGGCUAAAUGUGGCAUACAGACUAUCUGUGUGUGUGUGUUCUGUUUUUUUUUUUUUUUUUUUUUUUGUAUGUGUGUAAAAAAAAGAGAAGAAAAAGAGAAGGCACUAAUGUAUAUCUGAGACAUGGACACCAGUCUAACCCCCUGCCUGACUUUUACCAAUGUGCAUUUUCUCUGCUUUGACAUCAAACCCACCCAAACGAACGCUUCCAAAAGUGACUGAUAAUAUUGUGUAUUUUUUUAGAGACGCUGUAGGCUGCAACUGUGGUCAAACACACACUCAAAGGACUCAAACUGCUCAAAUUCCUGCAGGAACCCAACAGUGAAGCGUGAUCUGACUUUUACCUGAUAAUGAUCAUGAUAAUGCAGCUGUUUACAGUGUGGCGGCGUUAACGGAAGAUUUUUAUUGACAUAUUCUUGCAUCUGUAGCACAGGAUUUGUUACUACUUCAGCACGCUUCCCUACAGCAAACCUGCUGAUUCUACAUUCACUUAUAACAUGAUUAAAAGGGUACAUUCUUAAAA